AUGGCUUAUCACAAGACGAACGCUGUUCAGGGUAAGGCAGGCUCUGCUACCCGCAUUAACCCUCUCCGUCUCGCUUGGCCUAUGCACCCUGGCCUUUCUUCCUCGUCUCCAGCGCCUCCUAUUGUGUCUCAUGAAAGGGCCGAGUCUCAAGGAUUUGCCGUGACUGGCUCACCUACACAAUCCCUCGAGACCUUUCAGAACUUCGGGGAAGCCAGCAAUCCAUCGCCCAUGGCUGAUGAAUUAUUCAUUUCUCUGCCCGCAAGCAUCGACGAUGUUAACCAGCCGACCCCUAAUAACCAUGCUACCGGUAUCGAACCCAAGCUAGGCCUUUCCAGAAAAGCCACGGGGGAAGUCGACCUCAACCGUCCUUCGAUGCCCUCUCAAAACAGUCACGUUGAUCAUAUCAGCAACCAUAUAGAUAACGAUUUGGACCACCAAACCUUUGAAUCCAUGGUGCAGGAAAACACCGACUCUCUUCCCCUUUACGGUGAUGAACUCUUCGGCUCUGAUGACCCUAGUACUUGGGGCGCAGAGGGCCAUGACACCCUGAAUAUGUCGACUAUUCAUAGCACUCCUGACAACCCUGCAAGCUAUGAGCUUGAAAAUGACUCUAAUCAUACAAGCCUAGCAAUGACGCCCGUCACAAUGACUCCUGGCAUCCAGGGUGAAAUGGAUUCCUCUCUUCACAUCGAGAAUCAAUUGGGAAUGCAGCUGAGGGAGAAUAGAGGUGGAAAAGUUGACAACGGUUCGACUGUCAAUCAGUCUCACACUUCCCCCAUUGGGGGAAACGCAGCUCCCGAGUCGGUCACCUCUGAGGGCAACAAGCAGAUUGUUUCCAAACCGUUCUCGAACCAUUCUGAUGAAUCUGCUAGCGAUGUAGGUGCAUUUGGAACACCAGUUGUGCAUAACGACAAUGACCUGAAACCCUUGAACGCUAUUCCCGGGGUUACCGACGAUGGUUUCGCCGAUCGUCCUGAACUUUAUCAGAACCUAGUUUCCGAGUCUCUUGAACCUAGUGGUGAAGACUCCACCUCAACCCAUUUUACUUCGCUCGAGGAAGCGCGAGAAAGUCUCAAAAUUAAAAGUAGGACACCAGCAUUCGACCCCACUGUUCCUCGAAGCGUUGCGCAAAAACGGGCAUUCGUCAGAAGAUUAAUCGAACUUUUCUGGUCUUUGGAUAAUGCCAUGGACAACGACGCCCAGAAGAAGCCCUUCAAAACCAAUGGCCCUGACCCUAGAAGUGUUGAGUUAGCUUGCUGGGAGGUCCUGGAAGCUGCGAUCACACGGGAAACACGUGGCGCUUUUACUGGAAAGUCACAAAAGGGUAAUAUCGGUUCGUUUGCUAGCAGGAUGGCUGCGAUCAUGGAGGCUGUUGAUUUGCAUAAGACGAUUUGCAAGCAUCUUCUGCGAGUUCACUUCCUUCACCAGUUCAUCGACGACCCCAUAGGUUCGCGACACCGUGUCAUAUCCAACCAGCGGCUCAAUAAGGAUAAGGCAACCUUGAUGAAGCUGGGCAAGCAAUUUCAAGAUCAAGAUACCACGAAGCCAAAGGCACGAUCGAAUGCCAUUCCACCCAAUCAAAAGAGUACCCAGCCAACGAACGCGGUAGUGACCCAGAAUGGUGGGUUGCAGCCACAGCUUGCUGUGAACACAAACCGUCCUCUGGCUCCAGCUCCAGCUCCACGUGCAGCUCCCUUGGAACAUGCUGUGAACACUACACACUUUACGGGAAACAAUCCCAACGCACCUGGGUAUCCAGCACAAUACACGCACCAGCAAAUGCAAAACUUCCGAGGUGGCCAGUAUCAAGUCCCUGGUACGCCUUUGCUAGCCCAACAAUCUUUGAAUACUGCUAUGUAUUCACGCACCCAGCCUGCGAGCAACGAUUUCGAUCCCAGCAUGCUGCCUGCGUACAACAAUUUCCCCAACCCCCAGGCUUCUCAGAUGUUGGGUGUCAACCACAACUCUAUCCAGCAGUGGCCGCAGCACCAGCUUCAGGGGAACCAGCGGAACGGAGCAUCAGAGUUAUGCAUGAACUUUCAGGGGAACCAGUAUGGCCAAUUUGCGACUCCUGCCACUCCAUCGCAAGUUUCGCAGCAGGGUUCUAACCCCCCUCCUGUUACCAGGAAGCGUGGACGCCAGGACAACCAAGCGGAAGGCGUUUCUGCCCCCUUGAAACGUCGCCGGUGA